AUGGAAGCGGUGCUGCUAGAGCACUUCCCCGGGGGGCUGGACGCCUUCCCAUCUCCCUACUUCGACGAGGAGGACUUCUUCACCGACCAGUCCUCCCGGGACCCACUGGAGGACGGAGAGGAGCUGCUAGUGGACGAGCAGGCCCAGGUGGAGUUCCUCAGCCACCAGCUGCACGAGUACUGCUACCGCGACGGGGCGUGCCUGCUGCUGCAGCCUGCGCCCUCGGCGGCCCCGCACGGGCUCGCGCCGGCGCCCUCGGGGGGUCCGGGCGAAUCGGAGGACGGCGGCGGCUACUGCUGCGAGGCCGGGGCCACCCCCGGGGGCUUCCCGUACUCGCCCAGCUCGCCGCCCGCGUGCCUGGCCUACCAGUGCGCGGGCGCGGCCGUGCUUUCCCCCACGGCCCGACUGCGGGGCCUGAGCGGGGCUGCGGCGGCGGCCGCGCGGCGCCGGCGCCGGGUGCGUUCCGAGGCGGAGCUGCAGCAGCUGCGCCAGGCGGCCAAUGUGCGCGAGCGGCGGCGCAUGCAGUCGAUCAACGACGCCUUCGAGGGGCUGCGCUCGCACAUCCCCACGCUGCCCUACGAGAAGCGCCUCUCCAAGGUGGACACGUUGCGCCUGGCCAUCGGCUACAUCAACUUCCUCAGCGAGCUGGUGCAGGCUGACCUGCCGCUACGCGGCGGCGGUGCAGGCGGCGGCGGGGGGCCGGGAGGCGGCGGGCGCCUGGGCGGGGACAGCCCGGGCAGCCAGGCCCAGAAGGUCAUCAUCUGCCAUCGGGGCACCCGGUCCCCCUCCCCCAGCGACCCGGAUUAUGGCCUCCCUCCCCUCGCAGGACAUUCUCUGUCAUGGACUGAUGAAAAACAACUCAAAGAACAAAAUAUUAUCCGAACGGCCAAAGUGUGGACCCCAGAGGACCCCAGAAAACUCAACAGCAAAUCUUUCAACAACAUAGAAAACGAACCCCGCUUAGAGUUGGUGUCCUGAGAAGCUCUGCACUGACUGGCCUGAGGAUCUGAUAAUGUCUGUGCAUAUUGUACAUGUAAAAGUCUAUAACGUAAAUGUAAUUUAAGAAUCACAUUUUUCUAAUGGCAAUCAACUGUUAUUUAUCUAUUUAUUGUCUUGUUGAAGUAAUGAAAUAGACAAGCUCCUUUUAAAUAUAUAAUUUAUAUAAUUUAUCCUGAUUUUCUAAAAAAAAAAAUAUGCAAUAGUCCGUGAUUUCCCCCAGCACCUUUGGCAGAGCCCUGCAGUGUUGGAAGACCUGUAGCUAGAAAACUUCCUGUUAAUUUAUUACAAGAUGUGGUUUAUUUCUAAGCGAUGUUAAUAAAUGCUAUUUACACCAUUUC